AUGCGGAACCCCGAAACUUUCGAUCCUCUCCGAGUACUAAGUGCCGCGGUGCCAAAAGGUCUACGCCAGUGGGAGCAGGGUCUGUAUCAACAGCAACAGGGGAGACGAGCCUUGUUCACAGAAGAGCUUAAAGGGAGUUCAGCGGAGUUGGCCUUCAAGUACGCCGUAAUGAGAAUCAACAAAGACCGAAAUCUCCUUCCUAACGUGACGUUCCAGUACGACAUCCAGUACGUGCCACGAGGCAACAGUUUCCGCGCUGCUAAGAUGGCGUGCCAUCUAAUAAAGGAGGGGGCAGCAACGAUAUUUGGUCCCUCGGAUCCCGUUGUUGGAGGCCAUAUCCAGUCGCUAGCUGACUCUCUUGACAUCCCGCACAUCGAAUCACGAUUAGACCUCGAGACGGACGUAAAAGACUUCUCGAUCAAUCUGCACCCGGACUCGCAGGUCAUGGGCAACUCUCUCAAGGAUCUCGUCUCGUACCUCAAUUGGACCAAAAUUGCUGUACUUUACCAGGACGAUAUUUCGCUGAUAAACCUGCAGGAGUUAGUCCGUCCCUUCCCGCCGAAAAACGUGGAGUACCAAUUCCGGAGGGCGGAAAACUUCACGGCUACUCUAUUGGACAUCCGAAGCCGCGGCAUAUAUUCGAUGAUUGUUGAUGUCCGACCUGAGAACCUCACUGCCUUUCUUAGAGCUAUUCUUCAAAUACAAUUGAAUGACUAUAAAUACCAUUAUCAUUUUGCCACUUACGACAUCGAAGCAUUCAACCUAGAAGACUUUCAAUACAACUUUGUAAAUAUCACGGCCUUCCGCAUGGUAGAUUCAGAUAACGAGACGGUUCGAGCCAUAUUAAACGACAUGGAGAAAUUCACCCCAUAUGGACAGAAUAUUCUCAAUAAAACCAAUGUUAUAACGACGGAGGCAGCGCUUACGUUUGAUGCUGUGUACGCUUUCGCCCACGGGAUGAAUGAUUUGAGUAGGGCGACACAGCUUCGGCCAAGUAAUGUUUCAUGUGAAGAAGGACUCUCGUGGUCCGAAGGCACAUCGCUUUUCAACCUCAUAUCCAUGGUUGACUACCAUGGGCUCACCGGUAAAAUAAGAUUCAACGAAGGCAAUAGGACGAGUUUAAAGCUAGAUUUGCUAAAGCUGCGCCAGGAUCGCCUGGUGAAAGUUGGGGAGUGGACCUCACACAAGCGACUCAAUAUUAUCAACCACGGAGCCUUCCACGACUUCGGAACCACGAAUAUCACAUUACGAGUUACCACUAUCGAGUCAGUGCCAUUCAUGAUGCCGAAGAAACAAAAAGCUGCAGGAGGCCAUCAAUUGGACACAAGCAGUGAUAAGGGGAAAGAUCCGGGCAUAACGGGAGGCUUCAACCGCACGGGAAACAUUCAUGAGGACUACGAAGGCUACAUCAUGGACCUGCUGAACAAACUAGCCGAAAAGCUCGGCUUCCACUACGAUCUCUAUUUAGUGCCUGACAAUAAAUUUGGAGUCGAGAACACCACGACUCUCGAGUGGAACGGCAUGGUCAGAGAGAUCAUAGAAAAGAAUGCAGAUCUUGCUGUCGCUCCCAUGACGAUCAACUUCGCGCGUGAAAGUGUCAUCGAUUUCACCAAACCGUUCAUGAAUCUGGGGAUCCAGAUCCUAUUCAAGCUGCCCAGCGGGAUGCCGGUGAGGCUGUUUUCCUUCAUGAGCCCUCUAGAUACAUACAUUUGGAUGUAUGUUCUCUGCGCGUACGUUCUCGUCUCGUGCACCAUGUUCCUGGUUGCCCGUUUCUCCCCUUACGAGUGGAAGGACCCACACCCCUGUGUUAAGGAGUCCGGUCUCAUGGAGAACCAAUUCAGCCUCGGAAAUAGUUUUUGGUUCACAAUUGUAACUCUGAUGCACCAGGGCUGCGACCUCAACCCCAAAGCAACGUCAACGCGGAUGGUGGGGACGAUUUGGUGGUUCUUCACUCUGAUUUUAAUUUCAUCGUACACAGCCAAUCUGGCUGCAUUUCUCACUGUGGAACGAAUGAUUACACCAAUCGAGUCAGUAGAGGAUCUCGCCGAACAAAGCAAAAUCGCCUACGGUACCCUCGACUCCGGCUCAACAAUGACCUUCUUCCGGGACUCCAAGCUUGAGCUAUACCGGAAAAUGUGGAGAUAUAUGAAGAACAGACCCAGCGUAUUUGUUAGCACGUAUGAAGAGGGCGUAGAGCGAGUACUACAAGGCAACUAUGCAUUUCUCAUGGAGUCGACGAUGUUGGACUACAAAGUCCAGCGCGAUUGCAACCUCACAGCCAUCGGCACAUUGUUGGAUAAUAAAGGCUACGGUAUUGGAACCCCCAUCGGGUCGCCAUGGAGGGAUAAACUGUCACUGGCAAUCCUCGAUCUGCAGGAGAAAGGCGUAACGCAAGAGUUGUACAACAAGUGGUGGAAAGCGCCAGGGCUGACUUGUAGCCGCGACGAGAAAAACAAGGAGGGAAAAGCGAACGCCCUCGGCAUUGGCAACAUUGGCGGCGUUUUCGUCGUGCUACUCGUUGGCUUGGCCUUCGCCAUUCUAAUCGCCAUCUUCGAGUUCAUCUGGAAUGCCCGGAAUAAUUCACAGGUCGACCGCCAGUCUUUAUGUACAGAAAUGGCAAACGAAUUGCGUUUUGCCGUGCGGUGUGGUGCUUCGAGACAAAGGCCAGCGUUCGACAACAGCCACUCCAGCAAGAGACGGUGCUCAAAGUGCUUAAAAAGUGGUGGUACAUUCGUGCCGUCCGCUUUGGACCUCCCGUUUCCUCCUCCGCCCCCGUUCCCGAGCGGUAUUCACCACCACCAUCAUCGGGAAAACGGGCCGAUCUGCGUCGGAAUCGGUGGAAUGGGCGGAGGCCGUCCACCUUCGCCAUACGAUUACGACGAUACCUAG